AUGGCCGGAAUCACCGCACACUCCCAAUCCCAACAAUUUGAAGAAGACGAAUUCAACGAGAUAAAGAAGACCGGUGUAUCGUGUGAUCGUCUACGUCAAGCACUCAAAAAAUGCAUCAAAAACUCGCAUUGUGUGCAAGUUCAAGCUCGAUCUGCGAAGGAAUGCAUCGAUGCACGUGGCGACGGAAGUGUACCCGACAAAUGUUUCGCCGUUCUCCAAAAUUUCACCGACUGCAAGCGAUCACUGGUGGACAUGAGAUCGAGAUUCCGAGGAAGGAAGGGCGAUCUUUGA